AUGUACGAGAAAGAAACAGAUUCUACGAUAAACAGCGGUUGUUAUCACGACAAACUUGAGCUGAAUAAUGCCUAUACACAUGAAGAUGGACUUAAAGUCGACCAUACGUUUAAUGGACUAUUGUCCCUUGUUAAAAGCAGCGUAACGUAUAUGUCAUUUACUUUUGCCUCUUGUCAACCAACGUCAAAAAUCUUAUCUCAAGGAGCUGGUUUUAAAGCAAUUAUAAACUCCUCAGUUGUAUAUCAGUUGUACAGGCUUGAUCUCUAUGGAUACGGAGCUCUCAGCUGGCGUAAUGCAACACUACUGGCAUACAAAGGUUGUUCAAAGACCUUUGGCAAAUGUUACAGUGUAUUUUACCGAUUUGGCAUACGAUGGACAACAGCAGGGGACGAAUGCUGGAUCAGACAACAAAGACUUGUUUCUAUCCAUUAUUCUCUAGAGCAACAGUUACUUAAAUAUAUGUUAAGAAACUUCAGAUAUGUUGAUAUGGGUGUAUAUGAUAUAGACACGGCGUUUUCCAAGACAUCUCCCCCAGAUCCUUUUUUUCAUGCACACAUAGGUGAGGAUAGGUGUUUAACAUGCGUAGCAUUUAUUCAGUCCAAUUUGUCUGACAGCUUUCUGCCACAUUUAUACAACGGUACUCUGAACUAUACGGUAGAUGGAAUACCUUGCCAACGCUGGGAAGAUACAUAUCCACACCAUCAUGGUUAUAUUAUAAGAGAAUACGUGUUCCAAGAUGAUAGUUUGAUGCUUACAAAGAAUUACUGUCGCGACCCGGAAGUAAACGGCUACAUAUGGUGUUUUACAUUGGACCCUAAAGAACGUUGGCAAAAGUGUUCUCAACCAACAAAAGUGUUGGAUAAUAUUUUUCCGAAUCGUUAUAUUGGGCGACUGAGCAAAACAAAUUCUGGUAGAACUUGCCAACGCUGGGACAGUCAAGAACCUCAUCCCCAAAAUGCCGGCAAAUCUAACUCCUCAUUUCCGGAUGCCACAGUGCAUGAUGCCGAAAAUUAUUGCAGAGAUCCGACAGAAGAGGGUACGCUAUUCUGCUACACCACCGACCCAGACAGAGAGUGGGAGCCUUGUAACUAUAAAGAUACAGCUGCCGAUCGUUGUUAUGCUACCAUUUCGAGUUAUCUAGGACAAUGGAGUCAAACUCAAUCUGGAAAAGAAUGUCAACAUUGGGCAACACAUAACACUCUUUCAAACUCACAGUUUCCCGACGGUUCGGUCACUGAAGCAAAGAAUUACUGCCGUGAUCCAUAUAAAGAAGGCUUCUUAUGGUGUUUUACUACCGACUCUGUUGUGGCGUCAGAACCUUGUGUCUUUAACUAUAAGUUCAUGGACAAAGAUAAUGCGACCAGUAGGGAAUAUGACGAGGAAAUGUUUGAAUGUGCAAAUGGUGACAACGUUCCCUUGCGAUAUUUAUGCAAUGGAAAACAGAACUGCAUGGACUUCUCGGACGAAACGAAUUGUUUCAGGACAGUACACGAGCUUCUUGUAAACAAGACAACGCCCAAUGAUCUAGCUGGGCCUUGGAAAAAUAGUUCACUGUUCCAAUGCACAAACAAGGAGUGGAUAUCAAUGAUUGCCCGCUGUGACGGAGUGAUAGAUUGCUUAGAUGCGACGGACGAGGUUAAUUGCUCUGUAACCAAAGGGAUGGAAGUUGAUUCACCAUGCUCUGUGGAGCAGUUUGCUUGUGGGGACAAGAUGUGUAUACAUAUUAGUCAAAUGUGCGAUUUUUUUGUUGACUGUGUGGAUGCUUCAGACGAAAACUGUGAUUAUCCAGAAUGUUCAGCACAAGAAUUUCGUUGCAGCAAUGGGCAGUGUAUACCAAAUGAGAAAAGGUGCGAUGGUUAUGAACAGUGUAUUGAUGGAACAGAUGAAAACAGCUGUGACUUUUGUAAAGAAGAAGCAUUCCAUUGUGAUCUUGUAAGGUGUAUACCGAGAAGACUUGUUUGUGAUAAGUACCCAGACUGUAAAGAUAAAAUUGAUGAGAUGUCAUGUGACCAACCUCGUUAUCUAUCUUGUGAAGAGUGGUGGGAAGCUGGCUACAGACAGAACGGAAUAUACAGACUAAACGAAACGAACGCAGAGUGUGAUUUUGAGUCGGUGCCAUAUGACGGGAAAAUAUUUACAAAAUUUCAUAACUUUGAAGUGUCAUUAAUGUCUGAUUAUGAACGGAUUCAUGCGACGGAAGGAGAAUUGUACCAGACAAACCUUUCUGAUUUUAGCAUGAUCAAUAUAUUAACACAUCCAGAUUACACCUGCAUCCAGAAUAUAACACUGACAUGUAUACCGGUACAGUUGGCUGCUGUUCAAGUAAUGGGUUCUGAUAUUGAAAGUACAUCGAACAACAGUUACUGUACGUGUAUAGUUCUAACUGUGGCGCCAUGCCGCCGAUCUCAGGCUGCGACCUAUUGUAACGAUACUAGAGUACUAUCUGAAGAUGAGCAGGAACAAAACAUGCUGUUUACCUUUGCCGAAUGGAAUUUAGAACGACGUAUAAUUUACAUUACUGAAGAAGGAUUACCACGUAAUAAAGAGUUACAACUCGGUCCAGUUGUGUGUGAACAUAAUGAAACCUUUACUAAAACUUCAGUGGGAUGUGAAAACGAGAAUAACGUGUUUCCAUAUCCAGUUAGGUGUGUUUACGACACAGAUGCUGCUGGUUUUGUGAUUGGUUGUAGAUCUGGAAAGCAUCUACAGGGAUGUGAAGAGUUUCAGUGUCCUGCACACACUGUUAAAUGCCCGAGGAGUUUCUGUAUACCGUUAAGGUUUGUUUGUGAUGGGGUUAAGCAGUGUCCAGAUGGAAAUGACGAAAAAGAUUGUGGUUGCCAGGACAACGAUCGGGAAGUUUUAAUUAUGUAUGAAAAUACACGUAACCAAGAUAGAAUUCAACAGAUGAGAACUUUAGCUCGCGAGUUUCACACACAAAACAGUAUCGUGCGAGUGUUACAGUACCAGGCACGCACAAACCCUGACAGACUCAGUUUUGAACAUAGAAUCCUGGAUAUAUCAGAUGAAUUGGUCAAACCUCAUGAAACUGUUAUGAGACAGUUUGUGUGCAACUAUUCUAUUUUGGCUUCAGAUUUCAUCAAUUAUAUUCAGUUCUCGAAAAAUGGGUCAGCCGGAAUUGUAUUUAUUCAGAACAGUAUAGAAUCUGAAAUAAUCGCAGAUAUGAUGUUCGGUAGUGUCAGAGUUAAACCAGAUUUUGAUCUGUAUAGAGUGAGGAGAGAGACAGGGGACAUAGCAAGAGAAGAUCAGUUUAAUUUCGUAACUGAUGUUCUAAUCAAACGAUGGGAGAUCAUGCCGACUGUAGGGACGAUGUUUUUUCCACGGCUAUGUCAAGAUUCUUCAAGGGUGUAUUGUCCUGGUGAAUAUAAAUGCGCUGCAAGUAAGAAAUGCAUAUCACUGGAACAAGUUUGCGACGGACACAAGCAGUGUUUUCAUGGUGAUGAUGAAAGACUAUGUCAAUACACCUGUCCAAGCAAAUGCAAUUGUUCCGAAUACACAGCUAAUUGUAGCUACGCGAACAUUGAUAAAACCACGUGGUCAAGAAUACACAUUAAUUCCCGUCUCUUGGAUUUAAGCGGAAAUCCUGGUCUUCAUGACGUACUCCGAGAUUCAAUUCUUGAAUUUCCUUAUUUGAUAUCUUUAUAUAUGUCAAGGUGUGGCAUUCAACUAAGAAGUUAUGGAUUUCAAUUGCUAAUUAACUUACGGAUUUUGGACCUCAGUUACAACAAUAUAUCAACCUUGCCAGUGUUUGGAUUUGCGGGCUUAGGGAAACUGACUAGUUUGAAUUUAUUAGGCAAUACUGACAUUUACAGAAUUGAGCCGUAUGCCCUGCAAGGUUUGCAAAGUCUACGGAAGUUAAAGAUAGCUCGAGCAAACAUCAGCUUCAUCUCUUCAAAUGCAUUUGCUGGUUUACGACUAGAUAUAUUAAAUUUAACCGAUAACAGAAUAUACGAAAUGGAAGACAAUGUAUUUGGUGAUUUAAAUGUCGACCGUAUAGAUUUCAUGCGAAAUAUAAUAGAAAAUUUUGAUAAAGGUCUAUUUACAGGAGUGACCGGUUUAACAAAGCUACAUACACCUUCGUACAAAUAUUGUUGUAUUCGCCCGAAUUAUUUACAGGAAGAAAACUGUUUUCCUAACAAGGACGAAUUUUCAUCUUGCGAGGACCUUUUGCGUUUGUCAGCAUUACAAACAAUGUUAUGGCUGAUUGGGCUUUGUGGUUUAUUUGGAAAUACACUGUCGGUGAUCUAUCGUCUUGUUUAUCACAGGGAGAGAUUGAAAUUGAGUUACGAAAUAUUUGUAACUAAUCUUGCUGUUGCUGAUGCACUUAUGGGGAUAUACUUGCUGAUUAUAGCAGCAGCUGAUGCUGUGUACAGAAACCGCUAUAUUUUUAUGGACGACAGCUGGCGGAGCAGUGGUUGGUGUACUUUAGCCGGCUUUCUUUCAACUGUAUCCUCAGAAGCCAGUGUAUUCUUCCUGUGUCUCAUUACUUUAGAUAGGUUCCUGGUUGUCAAAUAUCCAUUCGGAGAUAUUCGCUUGAGUUCUAAACAUGUGAAGUUUGUGUCACUGUUUUCUUGGGCUGCUUCUGUGCUAAUUGCGAUUGUACCAAUCGUUUUCAAAAGUUAUUUCCACAGACAGUUUUAUUCAAAAUCCGGUGUAUGUAUUGCACUGCCUCUGACCAGGGACCGGCCACCAGGCUGGUUGUACUCGGUUGUCAUCUUUAUUGGUCUGAACUUUGUUACGUUUUGUUUAAUAGCUUUAGGGCAAGCAUCAAUAUAUAUGGAGAUUAAUAAAGUCAGGUCAGGGAUAAGGUCGGCUGUCUCAAAAAACGUGAAAAUUGGGCAAAGAAGAGAGAUGGCAGUGGCAAGAAACCUUCUACUUGUUGCGACUACGGAUUUCAUGUGCUGGUUCCCUAUUGGUUGUAUUGGGUUUCUGGCUAUGUCGGGCUAUGAGAUAUCUGGGGACGUUUACGCUUGGACAACUGUAUUCAUUUUACCUGUGAAUUCGGCGCUGAACCCUGUGCUUUACACUUUGUCUGUCAUCAAAACAAACAGGAAACAGAAGUCGCAGCAACCAAGAACAGUCGAAAGUACUUUGAACAGGAAAUCUAUAAAACGGCCUGGCCGAUUGGCCGACUUAUUUCGGUAUUUUGUCUUGAGAGACAAUACAACACAAACGUUCAUCAGAUCGAAUGAGAUCGCCUGUACGAAUCAGAGACUGAGGACAGCAACGGUGGUUAAAAUAUCAACCCAGCUUGCCCAUUGCCUUCAUCUUCUGCAGAGAAACUCGCUCAUGGUUGACCAACUGGACCCAUGCGUGCUAUAUGUGAACACCAAGAACAAUGAAAUUGUUGGAGAUAUUCAACUCAGAAUAGAGCCCAAGUUCUGUAGGAAUUUCAGAAGAUACAAAGACGAAAUCUACAGAUUAGGGAAUAUUCUCCAAUACCUCGUGAUUCUCGUGCAUGAUAGCAAACCAUCAAAUGUUAAUGCUUGAAAGAAAGGAACGAUGACUUUAAGAAGUGAACAUUUUUCGUUUUGAAACAAGAUAUCUUUUUUUAUUGUUUGUUUCAUUAUAUUCUAAUUGUUAUUGUACAGUUUAACACUUUCUUUAAUACAUAUAUAUAUAUUGUACUGUAAGGUCUGGUAUAUUGUGGUGGUGAUUUAGUUCUUAUAAAUUCUCUCUCUCUCUCUCUCUCUCUCUCUCUCUCUCUCUCUAUAUAUAUAUAUAUAUUUGUCUCAUCUAUAUACAUCAUAUUACAUUAUAUAUUAAAACUAGGGUACAGAAAAAAAGACUAGGUGAUGUUUAACUGUAUCGAGAGACCAUGAAUAAAAAUAAGUUAAAGUUUAGAAUUGAAUUCCUAGAGACAUCGAGUGUACUGGUUACAAGGGAAUAUUUUUUAGGUUAAAAAUUUAUUUUAAAAGUAGUAGAUUUUCGAUGUUACAUAAAGGAAAAAAAUGAACAUUACUUUUUUACAAGUUCAUUAUCAGCGUCGUGCAUAUAAAUGACCUUUUUUGGGAAUACCUUGUACAUACACAUAUAUAUGAGUGUCACAUAUUUUUUUCAUAUUUUCAUAUGGCGUAUAUUUAUGUGUUACAUAUUGUUUACAAAUUUAUUUAAUAUAUGAUUUACAUACAUGUCUCCUCCGUAAUGCUUUAUUGUCGCUUAAAAUUUACUUUAAACUUAUGAACAAGUACGCAGAAAACCUAUUGACAAGCUUACUUUUUUCAUUUGAAUGGCAAAACACAUUUUUAACCCUUAGCAUGCUAGAUAAAUUGUCGUCUGCUGGAAAUGUCGUCUGCUAAAAUUGUAAAGUUCAUUCAAUUUGCUCCAAAAUUGGAAGAAAUAUUGUCAGAGUAGCAAACAGCUUGGAACCUGAUCAGACGCCGAUUUAAUCGGCGUCUGAUCUGGUUCCAAGCUGUUUGCAAAGGCUGUUAAAUUCGCCUGCAGCAGGCUAAGGGUUAAAUGUUUUUACUGUUGAUUCUAUCUACCUGAAAGGGAAAUAAAGUUAACUACUAAGUCCUAUCACUUUACAAAAUGAUUUAGUCUAUUCAGGUAGAUUUUGUUUACAACGAUCUUUCCGUUCCUAAAUGUUAAUUUGAAAUUUUACUUUUAAGUUAAGUAAAGAAGAAGUCAAUUCUGGCAACACAUAACUACACUUUGUUUCGCUAUAGUAUUUUAUGUUCUUUUUUCUUGCAAAAGAGUGUUGUUUUCAUUCAAAGAAAUAAAUAAUAUUUAUCAAGAA